AAACAUCCAAAUGUUUUGUUUAUUCUGAAAUGUCAUAACUGUGGCAUUUUCUGAAAUUUACCAUUUUCUAUGCAUUUUUUGAUUAAAAAUGGUUAGCGGUAAAGAAUUCCGUUCAACGAUUAGACAACCGUUACCGGGGGCCCCUAAGAGUAAAGAAUGUCGAAUAGUGCCUGCUUUCACAAUUCAGGCACUGCAAAAAAACACAUGUAUCCUUCCUCCUCCCAAAUGCAACGUUUUGAAACCGAGACCACCGAAAUCGACGCAGUUUAGGGUGCACUAUAAACGAGGGGAACUACCCAUUGCAUUGGACGCAAACAGAAGGCUUUCCUGGAAGGUUGAUAUACAUAAGUUGGAUUACCACCAUUACUUGCCAAUGUUUUUUGACGGUCUUUGCGAGACUGAAGCACCUUAUAAACUUUUUGCUGAGACUGCAAUUUAUGAUAUGUUGACUUAUGGUCCCCAUAAAGUAUUCCCCUGCAUUCCGCAACUGAUAAUACCUCUCAAAACUGCUCUGAAUACCAAAAGUAAAGCCAUAAUGUGCACAGUCCUUAAAGUAAUGCAAGCUCUGGUCAAAUGUGACGAUAUGGUUGGUGAAGCCUUGGUGCCCUAUUAUAGGCAGCUCCUUCCUGUCCUUAAUUUAUAUAAGGAGAGAAACGGUGAGACAAAUAAAUAAAAAUAAACAGGGAGUCCAAACUAAGAAUCUCUCUUUUGUAGUUACCAGUCUAUUAAGU